AUGUUUUCCGUAGCCUCAAGACAAGCCGCCCGGUGCGCAGCUAGACAGCAAUGCCGUGCUUUUAGCUCCACCCCCUCUGUUGGAGCCGCCGCUGAGGUGAAGAAGCUGGGUGUAAUUGGAGCUGGCCAGAUGGGUCUUGGAAUUGCCCUCGUAGCAGCACAAAAGGCCUCAGUUCCCGUGCGACUAAUCGACAACUCGCAAGCCUCCAUCGACAAGGGCCUCAAGUUCGCCGACAAGCUCCUCGAAAAAGACGUAGGCAAAGGCCGAAUUUCAAAAGAAGAUGCCGUCGCCGUACGCGAGCGCCUCACAUCCAGCACGCAGCUCUCCGACCUCUCGGACGUCGACUUCGUCAUCGAAGCCGUCCCCGAAAUCCCCGACCUCAAGCACAAAAUCUUCUCCCAACUGGCCCAAAUCUGCCCCUCUCACGCCAUCCUCGCAACAAACACGUCCUCCAUCUCCAUCACCAAAAUCGCAGCAAGCACCACCACCGACUCCACCGACCUCUCCGCCUCCUCGCGUGUCAUAAGCACCCACUUCAUGAACCCUGUGCCCAUCCAAAAAGGCGUAGAGAUAAUAACCGGCCUCCAAACCUCGCAAUCAACCCUCGAAACCGCCCUCGCCUUUUGCGAGAAAAUGGGGAAAAUCCCUUCGAAGUCCGCAGAUUCACCCGGAUUUUUGGCAAACCGCAUCCUCAUGCCAUACAUUAACGAAGCAGUCAUCUGCCUCGAGACAGGCGUCGGCGCCAAGGAAGACAUAGACAGCAUCAUGAAGAACGGCACAAACGUGCCCAUGGGCCCCUUGCAACUCGCCGAUUUCAUCGGUAUCGACACCUGUCUGGCCAUCAUGCAAGUCCUGUACCACGACACUGGCGACUCAAAGUACCGCCCCGCAGUCUUGCUCAAGAAAAUGGUAGAUGCAGGCUGGCUAGGUAAGAAGUCCGGAAAAGGCUUCUACGACUAUUAG